GCGGGGUGGCUGACGCUGCCGGGUUGAGGGAGUUCCUGCGGGUGGCUGUCACCGCCCCGUUUCUCUCCCGAUGGUGCUCUCCUGAGGCCAGCUGCCUGCGGGCGUCGCCCCGGGAUGGAGCACAUCCGGACAACCAAGGUUGAACAAGUAAAGUUACUUGACCGGUUUAGUACCAACAACAAGUCACUGACAGGAACACUGUAUCUUACAGCUACACACCUAUUAUUUAUUGACGCUCAGCAAAAAGAAACCUGGAUACUACACCACCAUAUCGCCUCUGUGGAGAAACUUGCUCUGACCACUUCUGGAUGCCCACUCGUAAUUCAGUGCAAGAACUUCAGGAUUGUGCAUUUCAUUGUUCCCAGGGAAAGAGAUUGCCAUGAUAUUUAUAACUCUCUGCUGCAGCUAUCAAAACAAGCAAAAUAUGAAGAUCUCUAUGCAUUCUCUUAUAAUCCCAAGCAAAAUGAUACUGAACGACUGAAUGGUUGGCAGCUUAUUGACCUUGCUGCGGAGUAUGAGAGGAUGGGAGUGCCCAAUGCAAACUGGCAACUGUCGGAUGCCAACCGAGAGUACAAGGUCUGUGAGACUUAUCCCAGAGAGCUGUAUGUUCCUCGGACAGCUAGCCGGCCGGUGAUCAUGGGCAGUUCCAACUUCCGGAGCAAGGGCAGACUUCCGGUCCUAUCCUACUGCCGGCAGGGCACUGAGGCUGCCAUCUGUCGAUGUAGUCAGCCGCUGUCAGGCUUCAGUGCCAGGUGCCUAGAGGAUGAGCAUUUGCUUCAAGCCAUCAGUAAAGCCAACCCAGGGAACCGCUACAUGUAUGUGGUGGAUACCAGGCCCAAGCUCAAUGCAAUGGCCAACAGAGCAGCUGGAAAAGGUUAUGAAAAUGAAGACAACUAUUCUAAUAUUAGAUUUCAGUUUGUUGGAAUAGAAAAUAUUCAUGUCAUGAGAUCCAGCCUUCAGAAAUUACUGGAAGUGAAUGGCAGCAAAGGGCUUUCUGUCAACGAUUUCUACUCUGGUUUGGAGAGUUCAGGAUGGCUUCGCCAUAUCAAGGCUGUUUUGGAUGCUGCAAUCUUCUUAGCCAAAGCAAUAGUGGUUGAAAAUGCAAGUGUGCUGGUACACUGUUCGGAUGGAUGGGAUAGGACCUCCCAAGUGUGUUCCCUUGGCUCACUUUUGUUGGAUUCAUACUACAGGACAAUGAAAGGAUUCAUGGUUUUAAUAGAAAAAGACUGGAUAUCGUUUGGGCAUAAAUUUUCAGAGAGGUGUGGCCAUUUGGAUGGUGACCCAAAGGAAGUCUCACCAGUGUUCACUCAGUUCUUGGAGUGUGUCUGGCAUCUGACCGAGCAGUUCCCACAAGCCUUUGAGUUCAACGAAGCGUUUCUUCUUCAGAUCCAUGAGCACAUUCAUUCAUGCCAAUUUGGGAACUUCCUCGGCAACUGUCAGAAGGAACGAGAGGAACUCAGGUUAAAGGAGAAAACUUACUCCCUGUGGCCCUUUCUUUUGGAUGACAAAAAGAAGUACUUAAAUCCUCUCUAUAGUUCCAAAUCUCAGAGAUUGACAGUCUUGGAGCCAAAUACAGCCUCUUUCAAUUUUAAGUUUUGGAGAAACAUGUACCACCAGUUUGAUCGGACGCUCCAUCCUCGGCAGUCUGUACUGAGCAUAAUUAUGAAAAUGAAUGAGCAAAACAAGCAGUUAGAGGAAGACAUUAAAGACCUGGAGGCUAAAAUUAAGCAGUGCAAAAAUGGCAUCCUGACGAAGGACUUGCUGCAUGCUGUCCACCCUGAAUCACCUACCCUGAAAACCUCGCUGUGUCUGAAAGAGCAGAGUCUACUUCCGGUGAAGGACACACUCCGAGCUAUAGAGGGCAGCAGCCCAGCAGAUAAUCGGUACUGUGACUAUGCAGAGGAAUUUUCUAAGUCAGAGCCUACCGUGGUCAGCUUGGAGUACGGGGUGGCCAGAAUGACGUGUUAGCCUCCUUCAGUGUUUCCUGGAUGAUUGUAGUGUAAGAAAUGUAUAGUUGUGAGGAUGGUCUGUGCACAUGGGCAGGAGGGUUUGUUGAGUGACUUUGGGGCUUAGCAGUAAGUGAGAGAGUAGGUAGCUGAGAAAAGGAUCGUAGCAACUCUUGAGUAAGUCGGCUAAGUGCCAUUUGUAACAAGAGCGUACUCAUUUCUGCAGGCAUUGAGUGCUAGUGUGUAUACUUAUGGAAAGGGUUUACAGGGGACGGGUGAGCUGACAGUCUGUUGGUUCAGAUGUUAAUUACAGCCAAGCUCAGUAGCUUUCCUCUAACUCUGAGAAAACAGACCUGACAACCUGAACCCUCAGUGACCUAUGCGGCAUGUGCUUUCAGUUCUGGAGCUGUGCGACUUCGGAUUUUGCCAUUUAGUGACAUUUUAACAUUAAAGUGCCAUGAAAAGUACUUAUGGGACAGCCUUAAAGUAGACGCUCAGUUUAUUCUGUGGGUUUUAUAGCCGAGGACAGGAUGUUUGAUCUCUCCUUUAAUCAGCCUUAUUUCAUAUGAAGAACUGCACUCUGAUUACUUGGGGGCCACGCACUGCAGUGCUCCACCAUGGAAAGUUGUAGGCAUACUCUGCUAGUUCCUAGUUUGUAAUUAGCCAGCUCCACCCAUAUUUAAAAGUAGUGUUACCGAAGGCUUUGUUCUCGUUGUCAUUUGUUUCGAGCUGCAGCUGACAGUUCAUUAUUCACAGCUUAGAGGACUCAUUUCUUAGGCUAGUAUAAGCACAUUUGGCAUUUACUUUCGGCUUACCGCAGUCUAUUAAUUCUUACUCUGUAUUUGGCUUUAAUCCUUUGAUAACUGUACAUUUAAAGUGGCAAAGCUCUAAAGUGUUCUGAGUACUAAAUACAUUUUUAACUUGAGUGUAGCUGCCUAUAAACUUGCAGGUAAAAGAAAAAUUUCUUUUCUCUUAAUGUAGAAGGGGCCAAGAAGAGAGCACUGUGGGGAGGGGGGCAGUUAAUGUCCAACAGAAGCAGCUUUGACGCAGGAAAAGGUUUCUUUUGCUUUAUUAGUCUCAUUGUUAUUCUGUGCACUGGAACAUGCACAUCUUUUCUAAAAAAAUCACUUGCAACUCUCAGUAUUACCAGCUGGCUCUCAAAGUUUAAUACCAUUGGUGAUGUGUGAGGUACAGUUCAGGGACACUACAAAAUCUGUGUACAUUAUCUUAUAUAUCUCCUGACUACACCUAUAUCUGUAGUAUUUCUUGUGUUAGUUUUGAACAUAGGUAUCUUUUUUCUGGAAAAAAAAAAAAGAAAGCUUUAUCGUAUAUGAUUUUAUCUAGUCCUUAUUUUUCCAAUUCACUUCUGUAAGACCUUAUGUAAUAAAAACACUGCAUUUUAAAAAGUAACAAAUAUACUAAAAAUUACAAUGUAUAAUGAACAGUGUUUAGACGUUGAGAAAGGAAACUUAAUCUCUGUGGCCACAACAGGAGGGUUUUGUGCCUUGGUUCCAGUCAGGUUGUGGUUUUAGACUUCUGUGGCAGACUUCCUAGUCAUCUUCUGGGUUCAUUAUGCUAAUCUUCAACUUCACAUGUAUAUAUGUGUUUACAUGCUCACGCAGAUAACAUCCUGAGUGAUGUACAGGACAUACGUUGGCAAAAGUCUGUGUAAAUGUCUCAUAAAAUUAGAUUUAUGUUCAUUGUGUUUUGGGAUGUAUAGCAUGUAAAUUAUUUCAUGUAUUAUUUAAAGGCAAUUAAAUGUUCAUGUUUUA